AUGGACAUGUCCUUGGCGAGUGAGAAGAGAUUGCUUAAGCUCAAUGAACUUGAGGAGCUCCGGUACGAUGCAUACGAGAACUCGAGGCUCUACAAGGAGAGAACUAAGAGAUGGCACGACCGACAUAUAAGGAAAAAGAGCUUCAAGGUUAGAGACAAGGUUAGAGACAAGAUGUUGUUGUUCAACUCUAGACUUCGGUUGUUUCCCGGAAAACUAAAAUCCAAGUGGUCGGGGCCUUUCACAAUUUUGAGGACUACUCCUUACGGGUCAUUUAAGUUAGAAGCGGAGGGGAACAAGUUCAUGGUUAACGGCCACCGUUUGAAGCUCUACCAUUGCAAUGAUCAAGUUGGCAUGAUUGAGUGCAUGAGGCUCGAUCCGCCGGAUCCUAAGCCACUUUCUUAA